GACUGAUUCUGUUUUGAUUCCAAAUUCCUAACUAAAUAAAUCCGAUGUUUGUCCUCAACUCUCCAAAAUUAUGAGUUUUGUGGCCAAAUGUGCACUGUGUAAACAAAAACUUCCCUACAGCCGCUCGCAAACAGCCAUCCUGGUGGAACAUCUACUUGAAAAUCAUCCGGAGCAACAUUUUUCUAUAGCGCGCGUUGUAAAGAAACAGAUUCGUGAUAUUCCGGAAGUGCAUCCGCAACAAACAAGUGACAUGAAUGGCUCAUCCAUAUUAUCGCAAAUUUCGACUAAAGGUUCGAAACGUGUGUCCAGUUCCGGUAAGCAUGCAGAUGAGAAUCUGCCCAGCAAGCAGGAUUUUACUGCGAGACGACCAAGAGGGCGACGAAUGUUCUACAAAACCAGUGUGGAAACGUGGCGUCCAGCCCGGUGCAGAAUUAUCUGUCCUCGAUGUGGCGAACGGCAGUACCCGACCAUUCGCCUAACAGCGGAUCGCUACUCGCAGUCCAUCUAUGGCGCCACGUGGAUUAUGACCUGUUGGCCGUUUUGCUUCCUGCCGUGUUUGUUCACCGCUCCCACUAAGCACCGGUUGCACUGUUCCAAAUGCAAUGCGUUCUUGGGACUCUACAAUCCUAACCAGGAGAUAAUCGAAACGAAUAGCCGCCGCCGCAGGUCAUCGUCAUUAUCAGCGUCAGGCAGCAACGGGCGGAAAGUGAACAUUUGCAGCGAACGAGUUGGCUCAACAUGAUGAGAAGAGACUUGCAUGAAACAAAAUAAUAAAACUUGUGUGGCAUGAACUUGUUCACUUUGGCUGUCACCAUCUAAUGGCAAAUAGCUUCCAAAAUUUAAAUAGCCGAGUGUAAUCAGAGCUGAAUUUAGCUGAUGUUAUAUAGAGCAAAUCUUUUAUUAUAAGAUCAACACCUCGUUGAUUUUUGAAUCUCAAGCUAAAAGAUUUUUCUUUAGAAGAACCUGUUAUGACACCAAAAAAACCUACACAAAUUUCCUACUGAUAGGAAUCCUGUAAAAGCGUUUUAAAGGAACUUUUACAACAAUGAUUUUUACAGUAA